CCAGCACAGAGUCGGCGGCGGGCGCUGACCUAAGGCGAGCACGGAGACUUCCUCCUCGAGGUGCUGCUUCUCCCCCUCUCACCAGGGCAAGUUCUCUGGCUGAGGCUGACACGGCACAGACCAAGAACAACAGGAGUGGCGAGGGGGUGAAAGAGCGCAGCAACGAGGGGUACCCACAUACCCAAAGGAUGCUGAGAGGCGUUAGGGAACAGCCUGAGGAAACUCCUCAGCCAGCCCCUCGGCGGAUCUUCCAGGAGAGGCAGAGGAUCACCGGCCUGCCGCUCUACUUCCAGGGCUACCUGUCUGUCCGGCACUCAACCUGCCAGGAUUUUAGGGUGUAUUGGACAGAACUCAGAGGAACUACACUCUUCUUUUAUGAUGAUAAGAAAGCCCCAGCAUACACACAGAAGUUAGAUAUAUCAGCAUUGACCUCAGCAACCAAUGUUUAUCCAGAAGAAAAUGGCCCUGCACAGUUCAUCCUGAUGCUGCCGAAUGGGCAACUAGAACUGAAGGCCAGUGACUGGGAGUGUUGGAAAGAAUGGAAGGCUUUUAUUCUCACCGUAACUAAGCUGUCAGUUCCAGCAGAUGAGUCGUUACCACCUGGGCAACUCACCAGGAUGCAUGAGGUGCUAGAGAAGGAAAAGAGAAGAAGGAUUACACUUCACAACUGCUCCAGCACAUCCCUGAACAGAAAAAGCCCUCUCGACAGUACGCCAGCCGCCAUGCCAGCGUGCUUCUACGCGGUGUCCCGGCAGGAGGCGGCAGAGAUGUUAGAGCAGAGCCCUUCCUGGGGAAACCUCAUCCUGCGGCCCGGCAGCUGCGGCGGGAAUUACGCAGUCACCGCCCGACACCAGCUGGAUGCCCCGCAGUUAAAGCACUACAGAGUGAUGGCCAAAGGAGCAAGUUACGUUAUCGAGUUGGAAAGACGGGUGACAGUCUCAAGCCUUCAGGAAGUUGUCAAUUACUUUGUGACCCAAAGCCGAGGGAGCCUGAAGCCCUUUGUCAUACAGACACGUACUGCAGCAGAUCCAGGGUCCUGA